AUGGAGAUGCCCGCUUGGAGGGACCUCCUCUUCUCGCAGCUAGGCUCAGUGUGCAGGAGCAGCAGGCGGGGAGGGGGAUGGCGACACCCUGGUCACGAAGGGGAUGAGCACAGAGACCUGCAAACCAGUCCAGAUUCCCAGCCCCCGGCGAGCAGGAGGAAGCAGGACGAGAUGAAAGUCCCGCUGAAGUCUCAGAAAUCUUGGAUUGAAGGAGUCUUCAAUAAAAGAGAGUGUGCAAAAGUCAUACCCAGCUCAAAAGAUCCUCACAGAUGUCCUGCAGGAUGCCAGAUAUGCCAGAACUUAAUCAGAUGUUGCUGUGGACGGCUGAUUGGAGACCAUCCUGGAAUAGAUUAUAGUUCUCCUGUCUACCAGCCUACCAGAGAGAGGGAGAAUGAAGAAUGGUCUGUCCAGAAGCAUACACAUACAAGUCCUACUGACUCAUUUGGAACGAUCAAUUUCCAAGACGGAGAUCAUACUUACCAUGCCAAGUAUAUUAGAACCUCUUAUGACACCAAACUGGACCAGCUAUUACAUCUGAUGGUGAAAGAAUGGCAGAUGGAGCUGCCAAAGCUAGUGAUCUCUGUUCAUGGAGGCAUCCAAAACUUCAAGCUUCCAUCUAAGGUCAAACAGGUUUUCAGCAAAGGGUUGGUCAAAGCUGCUGAGACUACAGGAGCAUGGAUAAUAACAGAAGGCAUCAACAGUGGAGUGUCCCGGCAUGUGGGGGACGCAUUGAAAGCGCAUGCCUCUCAAUAUUUGAGAAAGAUUUGUGCCAUUGGAAUCCCUCCUUGGGGUAUCAUUGAGAAUCAGAGGGACCUGAUUGGAAAAGAUGUAGUUUGCCUAUAUCAGACUCUCAGCAAUCCUCUUAGCAAGCUGAGCACCCUCAAUAGCAUGCACUCCCAUUUCAUCCUGGCAGAUGAUGGGACAGUGGGCAAAUAUGGCAAUGAGAUGAAGCUCAGAAGGAAUCUCGAGAAAUACUUAAACCUUCAGAAAAUACACACCAGAAUGGGCCAAGGUGUACCGGUGGUUGGGCUAGUGGUAGAAGGAGGCCCAAACGUGAUCCUAAUGGUUUGGGAAUAUGUGAGGGAUACUCCUGCUGUCCCUGUGGUGGUCUGCGAGGGCACUGGCCGAGCUGCAGAUCUUCUGGCUUUUAUUCAUAAACAUACUGCAGAUACAGGAGAUUUGCCCCCUCAGCUGAAGGAGGAGAUCUCAGUAAUGAUUCAGAACACCUUUAAUUUUGGGCAGAAACAGUCUAUUCAUCUAUUUCAAAUGCUGAUGGAGUGUAUGGAGCACAGAGAUUCUAUAACCAUAUUUGAUGCAGAGUCAGAGGAGCAGCAGGACAUUGAUUUGGCAAUCCUGACAGCACUCCUGAAAGGUACAAAUAUGUCUGCAUCAGAUCAGCUAAAUUUGGCGUUGGCAUGGAAUAGACUGGACAUUGCCAAGAAACAUAUAUUGGUUUGUGGACAAGACUGGAAGAUGUUUGGAUUCUCCUUAAGUGAAAAUGAUGCCAUUUACAGGGACAUUGUCAAGGUUGGCUCCCUGGAACAGGCAAUGCUGGAUGCUUUAGUGAUGGACCGGGUGGAUUUUGUAAAGUUGUUAAUAGAGCAUGGAGUGAAUCUGCACCGUUUCCUUACUAUAUCCCGACUGGAAGAACUCUACAAUACAAAACAAGGACCAACAAAUCUACUUUUGCAUCAUCUUGUUCGAGAUGUAAAACAGAGUGCCCUUCCUUUGGACUAUAAGAUAUCAUUGAUUGAUAUCGGGCUGGUGAUAGAGUAUCUGAUUGGUGGAGCUUAUCGGAGCAGCUACACAAGGAAACAUUUCAGAGUUCUGUACAACAGCCUUUACAGAAAACGCAAGAGUGUGGUCUCCAGCUUUGCUCAGAGCCUUUCUCAUCACUCCCUUUGUCAUAAUAAUCAGAUGGGUAGCAGAGUUGAAUCUGCUGAAAACACCUUGCAUUCUCAGUUCAUCAGAACAGCACAGCCUUACAAAUACAAGGAAAAGUCAACUGCUUUUCAUAAGUCUAGGAAGAAGUCAAAAGAUGAACUCAGCUUCUUAGAGGACCAUGAGUCAGCUGGCUUUAUUUACCCCUAUAAUGACCUCUUGGUUUGGGCAGUGUUAAUGAAGAGACAGAAGAUGGCAAUGUUCUUCUGGCAGCAUGGAGAGGAAGCCAUGGUCAAGGCAGUCGUGGCUUGCAAACUCUACAGAGCAAUGGCACGUGAAGCCAAACAGAGCAACAUGGUGGAUGACACCUCAGAAGAAUUGAAGAAGUACUCAAAUGAAUUUGGGCAGCUUGCCCUAGAUGUGCUGGAUAAUGCAUUCAAACAGAACGAGCAGAUGGCCAUGAAGCUACUGACCUCCGAGCUGAAAAAUUGGAGCAACUCAACUUGCCUGAAACUGGCCGUGUCAGUGGGGCUGCGGCCCUUUGUGUCUCACACUUGCACACAGAUGUUACUAACUGAUAUGUGGAUGGGACGCCUGAAGAUGCGGAAGAACUCCUGGUUUAAGGUCAUUCUAAGUAUUCUUCUGCCUCCCACCAUCUUGAUGCUGGAGUUUAAAAGCAAGGCAGAAAUGUCUCAUGUGCCACAGCUCCAGGACUUUCAUCAGUUCACGUGGCAUUACACUGAUCAGAGCCCAUCCACCAUUAAAGAUGAGUUGUCUCUGGAUUAUGAUGCAGAAAAGGGACCCGAGAAGCCAGACAAAAGCCAGACCUUUUCCAUUAACAGUGCGCACGGAAGCCUUCCGAGGACUAGAAAAGUCUAUGAAUUCUACAAUGCCCCAAUUGUCAAGUUCUGGUUUCAUACGAUGGCAUACUUGGCAUUUCUCAUGCUGUUCACUUACACUGUGCUGGUGAAGAUGGAAUCCAGGCCUAGCGUGCAAGAGUGGCUUGUAAUUAUCUACAUUUUCACCACUGCCAUUGAGAAAGUCAGGGAGAUAUUUAUUUCAGAGCCAGGAAAGUUCAGCCAAAAGGUGAAGGUGUGGAUUUAUGAGUACUGGAACUUCACUGAUUCCAUAGCUAUCAUCCUGUUUGUGACUGGUUUUGGCUUACGCUGGGCUGAUCCUCCUGUUCAAACAGUAGGAAGGCUAAUUUACUGCUUGGAUAUAAUAUUUUGGUAUGCUCGGCUCCUUGACUUCUUUGCUGUAAAUCAACAUGCAGGCCCAUAUCUGAUGAUGAUUGGGAAAAUGACAGCAAACAUGUUCUAUAUUGUGAUUAUGAUGGCAAUAGUGUUGCUGAGUUUUGGGGUAUCACGAAAGGCGAUCCUUUCUCCAGAAGAGCCUCCCACCUGGACUCUCGCACGAGAUAUUGUGUUCCAACCCUAUUGGAUGAUGUUUGGUGAGGUCUAUGCUGGAGAAAUAGAUGCUUGUGAAUUAAAUGAAGACUGCCCUCCUGGGUCCUUCCUGACGCCAUUCCUCCAAGCUGUAUACCUCUUUGUACAGUACAUCAUCAUGGUCAACUUGCUGAUUGCUUUCUUUAAUAAUGUUUAUUAUGAUAUGAAAUCCAUAUCAAACAAGCUCUGGAAAUACAACCGUUACCGCUACAUCAUGACGUAUUACGAGAAGCCAUGGCUGCCACCGCCUUUCAUCAUUCUGAGCCACAUUGGCCUCCUCAUAAACCACAUCUGCCACCAUCGUCCCCCAAAUGAGCUGGAUCAAGAGGAAGGCGAUGUUGGACUAAAACUCUACCUGAGUGAUGAGGACUUGAAGAAACUUCAUGAGUUUGAGGAGCAGUGUGUGGAGAGGUACUUUCAUGAAAAGAAUGAAAGCUUGAAUUCCAGUGACAGUGAGAGGAUCCGUGUGACAUCAGAAAGAGUGGAGGAGAUGUUUUUGCUGCUGAAGGAAGUGCAUGAGAAGGUGUUCUACAUCAAAGACUCUUUGCUGUCCCUGGACAGCCAGCUAGGACACCUGCAGGACCUCUCUGCCUUGACUGUCGAUACCCUAAAAGUCAUUUCUGCUGUAGACAAGUUGCAGGUAGAGGAGGCCCUGCUGGCUGAGACAAAGCACCGAGCCUGUAGGAAACUGCCACAUAGCUGGAAUAAUGCCAUGUAUUCGAAGACUUUGAGCAGUUUGGAAUGUUUGAAUGAUAAGAAUUACAACUACUACAGCAUGCCUCCUUCCCUUCUAAGGAGCUUGGCAAGAAGUCAGUGGUCAUCAGAGUGCCAUAGCCACGUUGUUGAAACUGGGGACUACAAGGACGUGAAGAUAGCAGGCGUCCAGAAAAAGCAAGAAAUAGAAAGUGACACACUCACUUCUGGGGUAUCCUCUGAGAGUAAAUCAACCCCUGGAUAUGGACAGUUCCUCUUGGUCCCACAUCAGGGAGCAGCUUCCACUGAAGAGGUCCACUUGAAUUUGUCCCUUCCAAGCACUCCUGCCAAGUACAGGCGAGAUGAUUUGGCAGCUAAGCAACAAAAUAACCACGGUAGCACUGCAUUGCACCAAAGUUUGCAGAGUACUAAUCUCACUGAAAAAAAGGCAAAAAAUUGCCAAGAGAGACAAUGGGACUCCAUUAUUCAGUUACCAUCUGAGAAGGAUAAUGGGAUUGUGGUGGAGCACUCUGUGAGUCCCCAGCCAUCUGCCACUGACAGGGAGACCUUAGUGCCCUCACACAACUCCAGUGAGGAAACCAGAGGUGGUUAUGUGAACUGGGGGUUCUCUGAAGGGGAUGAAAAAGGAGUUGUAUGCAGUGAGAAAAGGCAGCAAUCGUGCAUGCAUUCCACCUGUAACAGUGACUGCAACUGCACCCGUGGUACUCCACAGCAUGUCCAGAUAAAAGCAUCAAAAUCCUUCUCCUACAACUCAGACAAAUCAGGAUAUGACAGUGACACCUCAGAGCCUGAGCCCAUGUGCCAGCGUAGCACCAUCUUCUGGAUCAACCCACUCAGGAGAGACUGGACUUUCCACAAGAGCAGCAGCUUUCAAUCCCGCAGGGGAGAGAAAGUGGGGAAGACCUGCAAAACCAAAGAGCUAUCAAAAUCUGCAGAGUUGAUCCCGUCUGUAUGGACAGAAGCAAAACAACAGAACAGAGACAGACAAUCCCAGAAGGACAAGAAGAAACAAAAAACGCUUCAGGUGCCGGUGAUUACAGUGGAUGGUUGUCCCCAGAGCACCCAAAUGAGCUCAGAGCCAGCAGAAAGCUGUUUCUUGGGUGAAGACAAAUACAACAAGAACUGGCUAACUGUAUCUAAUUUCAAUCAGCUAAGUUUGGAACGUCUCAGUUAUAUGCACCAGAAAAUGAAAAAUCAAGAAACUGAUAGGCACUCUUUGCAAAUCUGUGACUCUCUGAGGCAGUCUCAAGAGGAUUUGAGUAAUAGCAUGAUUGGGACCACCAGGAAGAAUAAUCUGAGCAGGAAUUCCUCGUUGAGAAGUUCAAACGGCAUUGACAAAAUCUCAGUCUCCUUGAAAACACCUCAGGACCUGCAACAUCAUUAUUCUGCUGUUGAAAGGAACAACUUAAUGAGGCUUGCUCAGACUAUACCAUUUACACCGGUCCAGUUCUUUGCUGGAGAGGAGGUGACAAUCUAUAGGUUAGAAGAGAGUUCGCCUAUGAACCUAGAUAAAAGCAUGUCGUCCUGGUCACAGCGUGGGAUGGCUGCAAUGAUCCAGGUCUUGUCCCAAGAGGAGAUGGAUGGAGGUCUCCGGAGAGCCAUGAAGGUCAUUUGUACCUGGUCUGAGAAUGAUGUAUUGAAGUUGGGACAAGUCUUCAUUGUGAAGUCGUUUCUUCCUGAAGUGGUUCAGACAUGGCAGACGAUCUUUCAGGAGGGUACAGUGCUACAUCUCUGCCUGAGGGAAAUACAACAACAAAGGGCUGCUCAGAAGCUGAUAUAUACCUUCAACCAACUGAAGCCACAUAGCAUUCCAUAUACCCCAAGGUUUCUGGAGGUUUUUUUAAUAUAUUGCCAUUCAGCCAAUCAGUGGCUCACCAUAGAGAAGUACAUGACGGGUGAGUUCUGCAAGUACAACAACAACAACGGGGAUGAGAUUUCCCCCAGCAAUUUGCUGGAAGAGAUGAUGUUGGCCUUCUCUCACUGGACCUACGAGUACACCCGAGGGGAGCUCCUUGUCCUGGAUUUGCAAGGUGUUGGGGAAAACCUGACAGAUCCAUCUGUUAUUAAACCUGAAGGCAAGCAAUCUGGAGGGAUGGUGUUUGGACCAGCAAACCUAGGGGAACGUGCAAUUAAAAACUUCAUUGCAAAGCACCGUUGUAACUCCUGCUGCAGGAAGCUGAAACUUCCUGAUAUGAGAAGAAAUGAUUACACCCCUGCAAGGCUCAAUCCAGCUGUCAAAGUGGAGACAGAGGCAGGAGCAGAGAGUGCUGUUGCUACUGAUGACAAGCCUCUGGAAAAUUACACCCGUUUGUGA